AAAGAGAAGUGAGUUGGGCGCCAGAGCUCCGCGUAUUCGGGUCUGUUGGACGGUUAAGAAGAAACAGAACAGGACACCACAGGAUUAAUAAGGACAAUGGCACUCUUCCGUUACAGCACCAAGCGUUGUUUGGAGUUGCAGAAACUGUCGACAGCAGUUGCUCUGCGCUCAUUGUCCUCGGAAUCUACCGACUUGAAAAAAGUCCUGAGUGAGAAGAUCCCGAAGGAACAGGAACGUAUUAAGGCUUUCCGAAAACAAUAUGGAGCGACCAAAGUUGGAGAAGUCACCGUCGAUAUGAUGUACGGAGGAAUGAGAGGCAUCAAAGGUCUCGUAUGGGAGCCAUCAGUUCUCGACGCCGACGAGGGCAUCAGAUUCCGCGGAAAGUCAAUUCCCGAGUGUCAGAAGCUUCUGCCGAAGGCACCCGGUGGUGCCGAACCUCUUCCUGAAGGUCUCUUCUGGCUCUUAAUAACCGGGGACGUUCCCACCGAGGCUCAGGUCAAGGCCAUUUCCAAGGAAUGGUCCACCAGGAGUGCUCUGCCAAGUCACGUGACGAAGGCGCUCAACGACUUCCCCAAGCACCUCCAUCCCAUGACCCAAUUUUCAGCCGCCAUCACCCUCCUCAACAGCGAGAGUGAAUUCGUCAAGGCUUACACGGGGGGCGUGCACAAAAGCAAAUACUGGGAGAGCGUCUACGAGGACUCGAUGAACCUGAUCGCCAAGUUGCCUGUGGUCGCUGCGACGAUAUAUCGCAACCUCUACAAAGGCGGCAAGGGAAUUGGAUCCGUGGAUUCGGGCAAGGACUGGUCCUGGAAUUUCUCGACGAUGUUGGGCUAUGAUAAUGCCGAAUUUAUCGAGCUCAUGCGUCUCUAUUUGACGAUCCAUUCGGACCACGAGGGUGGAAAUGUGUCGGCUCACACGACUCAUCUGGUCGGAUCGGCUUUGUCGGAUCCCUAUCUGGCGUUUGCAGCUGGCAUGAAUGGAUUGGCUGGUCCUCUUCACGGACUCGCCAACCAGGAGGUUCUUGUCUGGCUUCAGAAACUUCAGGCCCAGGUUGGAGAGAAUCCUAGUGACGAGAAGCUCAAGGAAUUCAUCUGGAAUACUCUCAAGAGUGGACAAGUCGUUCCUGGGUAUGGACAUGCGGUGCUGAGGAAGACGGAUCCGAGGUAUACGUGCCAGAGGGAGUUCGCCUUGAAGCAUCUGCCCAACGACAAGUUGUUCAAGUUGGUGUCGCAAGUCUACAAGGUCGUACCCCCCGUUCUCUUGGAAACCGGAAAAGUCAAGAACCCCUGGCCAAAUGUAGACGCCCACUCUGGAGUUCUUUUGCAAUACUACGGCAUGAAGGAGAUGAACUAUUACACCGUCCUCUUCGGAGUUUCCCGUGCCCUGGGGGUCCUUGCCUCCAACGUUUGGUCCCGAGCCCUUGGCCUGCCAAUCGAGAGGCCCAAAUCUCUCAGUACUGAUCUCCUCAUGAAGGCUGUCAAGGCCGCUUAAGUCUCCUCCCUCCCUCCCCCCGCCUCCCUCCUGCUGCCUGCCAGCUUCCUCAUCCCAACAAUAAUGUAUCUCCGUUCGAAAUCAUUGCGAAUCAUCGAAGAUCGCCUCAUCAUCCUAACUCCGGAGAUAUCGGCCUUGCGGAAGUUGUUUGGUCACCGAGAAUUGUCGAGAUUUUUCCAAAACGUGUUUGGAAGAUGUCGAAAUCUCGCCGAGAGCGACUUAUAUUCGAUACUGGUUUUAGAAACACCUGGUCAACUCUAGGAGCAAAAAAAAAGUAACUGUAUCACCACGUGUUCGAAAUUUGAGUGAAACUAGAAAAACCACAGAUUUGCUCACAGAACGAGUAUUGAUUCGCUAAACAAAAAAAAAAUAGUAAUUAAAGACAUUUUCUUUUCAGCGCUGCUAAAAUUAGUUUCUAGAAAAGAGAGAGAGAGAGAGAAAAGAAGGAAUCAUUGAUUAGAUUGAGAGAAAGAGUAAAAACUGUCGAACAGUUGUGUAAUUAUUUAACGUAGUGUUUUAGCACGUGAUGAAGAGAGAAAAGAGAUAGACAAUAUGGUAUGAAUAAGUAUUAGUGGAACGGAUUUAGUUCGUUAAUGCAACCUAACACUUGUUGUCUAGAGUAAAUUGUAGAAUCCUUGAGAAAAAAUGCGAUAGCUCUUGGCCCUUUGGAAAAAAGGUGAGAGUGAUCGGCACUAAUGCGAAAGGUAUUUUUUGAUGCUAAUUGCUCAAGAGAUCAGUAGUAAAAUGAAAGUUUUGUUGAGAAAAACCUGUAGCAAGUCGAGAAAGAGGAAGAGAAUAGUAAGAUGAAAGAGGAUUGAAGAAUUACUUAAUUUUUGAAAGAUGUUAGAGAGUGCCUGAAGCACAGGUUGUUCUUAGAAUCCCAAAAAUAUAAUAACUAACGAAACAAUCCGAUGGCACGAGUCGGCUCAACACGAUUUAAUUGUAAAUUAGGGAGAAUGACCAGUGGUAGAUCCACUGUUACGAGUAUGAAUGUGUGUGUGCUGCGCUUUAUUUAUAAUGAAAAUCGAUAAUAAAUAGAAACCAGAAUUA